AUGUCCAACCUCCAGCUCCGGGUCACCCCACCUUCCACCCCGGUCCGUUCCCCUCGGUCUCGGGUGGACGCUCUCGCAGAGAAUCGUACGCCUUACGGACCGGCACCAGCCAGGUCUCCAUUAUCGACAAGGAAGGGAUAUGGCAAUCGGAACCUGCCCGGGUCGGGGCUGAAGGGAAAGAGGAAGGAAGAGGGAAUGGAGCGGCGGUAUGAGGAUAUAGGGGUGGGGAGGGGGGUGAGGGCGGAGGGGAGUCCAGCUAGGGAGGUUCCAGCUCGAAUGAUACCUCUACCAUACCAUCCUCCUCUCUCUCCACCUCAUCCUCAUUCAUCCGCACUACCAUGGUUCUACACCCCUCCCCUCUUUCAAGCGCAGCAGCUCGGUUCCUCCAGCACCCGUCCGUCUCUCGCGGAUCGCGCUAUCUUCAAUGACCACCCCACCGGCGUACUAUUCCAGCAGCACACAGGAGACGUCUCGGACUCGAGCUACUACAUGGCGGAUACAUCUGGCUCGAUCGAUGAUGGCGAAGAUGAGGAUAUGGGGGAUGUCAGUGUACAGCUGGAUAUGGAGUGGGAAGACGAUGAGAGCGGGUCGGAGGCGGGACUGGUAGACGACAGUACUGGAGGAUCUACCGAGGGUGUUCCGGUCAACAACUCGCCUGCCGGCCGACCCGAGCUGAUGUCUCAGGCAAACGAGCCAAGAGAUAUUACUCCCCUGCAUGCGCCUGCCAUCGCUACACCAAACCAAGUCUCUGUGGAGGCGGAAGAGAUCUCAAAUAAGAUCGGAAAGGCUGGAUAUGUACCUAGCCGUAUCCAGGCUAUCGAGACUCGACAACGGCGACCUCUGCGCCCGACCUCGCCUCUACCAUCGCCCAAAAAGCAGCGGCUUAUCGGUCCGUCUCUCCCUGUGGUGGAUGACGGAGCGAGCUACUUCGCCCCAUCUCACAAGAUCCCAAGAACGCCCGCCAUCAGUAAAUCAUCUUCGUAUCUUCCUCGUCUGCCUCCGGUCCAUCCCGCCUCCUCAGCUCCCCCACCUCCCUUCAAUGUCACUACCGCCCCUCUCACUCGGCCAUCUUCCCCUGUUCUGCGCCCCCACAUCACUCAACCGGAUCUUCCUCCCUCAGUUCCAGCAUCCGCACCGGUCAACCCCUCGGCCGCCACACCCGGCGUCGACAAUCUCCUCGCUCGAGUCCAUACCCUCUCGCUUGAACAAGCGGCGCUUUCGGCGGAAAAUCGUCAUCUCUGGCAGAUCAGGCGGGAGCAGGAUGAGCGGAUCACUCUAUUGGAGGAAGAGCGGGUCAGGCUGCGCGCGCAGGUCCGGAGCGCCGAGGCGGACAAGGUGGAGUUGGAGAAGGAGGUGAUGGAGGUGCGGAAUGGCAGUAGCGAGCGACUGAACGGGAUGCUGGAGAGACUACGAUGCGAGUACGAGGCGAAGCGGGCGGUAGAUGGAGAGGAGAUGGAGUGGUUACUUUCGGAGCAGGAGGCGCAGUCUUUGUUAAUGGUGGAGAGGGCUGGGAUGAUGUCUACUACCCACUGGAGCAACACUGUGGCUCCGACGGCAAUCAUCAAGCGGAAGAUGGCUGAAGGUGGGCUCUGCUCGCCGAUUAAUGCUUACUCGCAGAGGACGGCUUAG